AACAGUCCCAGGAUUUUGGCACUAAAAAGAAAAAAAAUGCAGAAUCAAACGGCGGGGGCGACAGAAGGGAUAAACCUGACAUGUGGCAUGUCUGGAAGCCACAAAUUCAUCUUCACCCUGGUGCCCAUCGUCUACAGCUUCAACUUUAUCAUCGGCAUCAUCGGAAACACCAUGGUGGUGGCUGUCAUCUACUUCUACAUGAAGCUCAAAACGGUGGCCAACAUUUUCGUCCUCAAUCUCGCCAUCUCAGACCUCACGUUCCUCAUCACUCUGCCCAUGUGGGCGACGUUCACCGCCACAGAGUACAACUGGCCCUUUGGAGGGUUCCUGUGCAAGACCAGUGCAGGAAUGGUCAUUUUUAACCUGUACACCAGCAUCUUCUUCCUCACUGCUCUCAGCAUGGACCGGUACCUGGCCAUCGUGCACCCUGUGCAGUCACGGCGGUUUCGCACUGUGGCGUACGCACGCAUCACCUGUGUGGUGAUCUGGCUUUUUGCCUUCGUCCUGAGCGUGCCAACAGCCCUCACUAGGGACAUCCACGACAUUGAAAACCCUCAGACCACCGUCUGCGCCAUCCUGCACCCCAAAGUCGAAAACACAAAGAGGCUGAAAGACCUCCUUUUGGCUAUUGGGGUCCUGAAAAGUCUGCUGGGGUUCCUGGUGCCCUUCAUCAUCAUCAUCACCUGCUAUUGCCUCAUUGGCCGGGCACUGCUGCGAGUAAAACAUAUUCAGAAAAACUCCCGCUCCCGCGAUGACGAGGUGUUGCGGAUGCUGGCAGCAGCCGUCCUGGCCUUUUUCCUGUGCUGGGCGCCCCAUCAGGUCUUCCACCUCAUGCAGCUGCUCACCCAGCAGAGCCUGGCGGAGAACUGCACCAUGCUGGAAAUCAUCGACACUGCCAUGCCCUUCACCAUCUGCAUCGCCUACUUUAACAGCUGCGUGAACCCUAUCGUCUACGGCUUCGUCGGACGCAACUUCCGCAAGAACUUACUGCGCCUGCUACGCUGCUCUCCAGGCAGACCGGCGGGGCCCCACCCGAGCAUCAGCUCCAAGAUGAGCGCCCUGUCGUUCCGUGCCUCAGAGGCACUGAGCCUUACGGUCAAAAGUAAUGUCUCCACUGAUGUUAAGUGACAGUCAAAGGGAAAGCAGGACACAGGGUACAGUUUUGCUCUCAGCACUCCUCAUGGUUAAGAGGCGAUGGACAGAGAUGAUACCACGCUGUAUUACCAAGCACUGAAGCAUUCAUAAUGCUUUCAAAUGGGGUAUCUGUCAGACCCAUUAAUAUGCUGCAGAUCCACUCCAUUUAAACAUGUCAAUUUCCCCAAAAACAGAGAAAAGUCCAGAAAUAGAGAAUCUGUAAAAUUGUACCAUGAAUAAUAUGUUAUUUAUAUAGAGAUAUGCAUGUUUGCCUCCUUCAUUUAGAUGUGUCAUCUGACAUGUUUUCUCAGCAAGGCCUUUGUAAAUUGGAAAAGUUGAUUGUGCUGAAGUGUCAAAGCUUAAGAAACUUUCAAGCUACGUUCACACCCUCCUUGGCAAUGGGCGUUCAAGUGGCCACUUCCAACAAAAGUCCAUGGAAAUGUGCGUUUUGGGCUUUAGCGUUCAAAACUCUUGCAUUAAUGCAUAGCUACGCAAACUCCAACUCCUCAUAAUCUAGCUCCCAGUCUUUCAUAUUGGAACAGAGAUGUGAAAGAAAAAGCCUAGAGCAAGAUUCCCGAGAUUUCAACAUUUCACACUUUCAAGAGAUAUACGCUAAAAAACAGUAAAAAAAAAAAAGACGAAGAAGCCCAUCCCUGCAUGUCCAGUGUGAACACCAAAAGCCAGGCAUGUCCAAAGUCUGGCCAAAUUUCCAAUAGCCUGAAGGCUCCUUCCAUAAAAUCCCAAAUACAUAGAUCCCAGCACUUUCUAAAAACUGUGUGCGAUUGCUUAAUUGUAAUUGGCUAAAAUUAAGUUUUCAGAUUGACCAUGAAGAGGCGCUACUGGGUGAGACAUGCUGUGAACGACAAGCUAACUGGGAAUGAACGAU